AUUUCUUCUUCAAUUCUGUUCUUACAAAAUUCUCCAUAAUUAUCACAUUUUUUUUGUUACUAUUGUUCAUGAUUGCACAGAUUAUCAUACAGAUUCGGAAUCAAACGCUCGUUGUACAGUUAUAGUUGUGUGUAGUUUAGGUUUUAAUCAUAGAUCAAUCGGUUUUUUCAUCUAACGCAGAUUGUCAUACGGAUUCGGAAUCGCAUGCUCGUUGUACAGUUACGUGUAUAUUAGGUUUUAAUCGCAGAUCAAUUGGUUUUUCAUCUAACGCAGAUUGUCAUACGGAUUCGGAAUCACAUGCUCGUUGUACAGUUACGUUAAAUUUAGGAAUUAAUCACAGAUCAAUCGGUUUUUCAUCAAACGCAGACUUUGGCAUGUAUGCAUAAGAGAUGGUGUCAAAGAAGAGACUAUAUUACGGAGGACUUGACGGUUUCCGUGCCCCUGUGGUACCUAAAGCUCCCAGAUCCUUAAGGAGGAAUUCACACAAGAAAUCAUCAGCGGGUAGCGAACUUUGCCCCUUUGAGUUAUUGGCAGCAGUAGCCGGCAAGUUAUUACAGGAGAGCGAAAGUUCCAUUUCCAGCACUGGUCCAGAAAGCAAAGAACAUAUUAUCACCCCUAAAGAAAGUGUCAAACACGAACCGCUUGAAGUAAAAUUCAAUCCUUUAACAUUAGAUUAUCUUGAUCAGGGAUGCUGCGGUGAGAAUGAGUUUGUUCCCAAACCCUCUAAUUUAGCGUUAAAGAUAGAAUCCCCAUUGAAGGAUUCGCUACAGUCCGAUAGUGACUCCAGUUUAGAACAUGCUUCUAUAGUCUGCAAUGGCAAUAAUGGAUCAAACGGGGAUUUAAAAGAUGUGAAAAUGAAUACUAGUGGCGGUUAUGUACAAACAGAUACAGUACAGAAACAAAGUGAAGACUUAACUGCAGCUAAAUCAUGUGUGGAUCAUCGUGUAUUAAAUAAAUCAUAUAACGGUGUACAUAGGAAUAAUGUAAAGAUAGGUAUUAGAGAUGAUGAUGAUGAUGAUGACGAAAAUUCUUUUAGUUUUAAUCACCGUAUUACCAAGAUGAGCGGGAUUAGGUUGCAGUCGCGUGCGGGAUAUAGAAGAAUGAGGAAGAUAUUGACUACUACUAAGCACUGGAAAUCGGUUCCAAAGCUGAAAGAUUACGAACCCUCUAACGCUACCAGUCUUGGAGUCAAACCCUUUGACCACAACGGGAAAAACAUGUACAUGAGAGAACGUUGUCGAGCAGAGAUUGGUUCUAAGAGACGGAAGCUGUUUCAUCAUAAUAGCGUGAAACCUGAUUAUGUUCAGGAGACGAGCAGUGAAAGCAUAUCUAAUUUACCUACAGCAAAAGCAGUGACAUCUUCGGUUAUCAACCAUAAAAGUUCCUUUCAAUCUAAAGAUGGUCAUGUGAAAUUUAGCAUAAAGUCCUUUAACAUACCAGAACUGUAUAUCGAAAUGCCAGAGACGUCGACAGUAGGUUCUUUAAAGACGGCGGUUAUGGAAGCCGUGACAGCUAUUUUAGAAGGUGAAUUACAUGUAGGGGUACUUCUUCAUGGCAAGAAGAUUAGAGAUGACAGCAUAACACUACAACAAACCGGUAUUUCUGUAAAUAGUGAUACUUUGGGAUUUAUGUUAGAGCCGAGUUUUCCCCAAGAUGCACAAAAAGAACAUCAGUUGUUGCCGCCAUAUGACUAUCAUGAACCGCCGUCCAGUUAUCUAGCUAGUCCCAUUAUGAACUCUUCAGUGGAUCAUCCUCUAGCAACUAAUCAAGAAAGUCAAAAAAUGUCAACAGAAGAAAUAGUGGAUACUAAAGCUAUCGUGUCGAUCAGCCCACUGAAUGCCGAGGCACUCUCAAUAGUCCCCAUGAACCAUAAAGUGAACAAAAGAUCCGAACUGUCACAACGAAGAACUAGAAGACCGUUCUCCGUUUUGGAAGUAGAAGCACUUGUGGAAGCAGUUGAAAUACUUGGAACCGGAAGAUGGCGUGACGUUAAAAUCCGCGCAUUUGAUGAUGCAGACCAUCGAACUUAUGUGGAUCUGAAGGAUAAAUGGAAAACAUUGGUUCACACAGCAACUAUCUCCCCCCAGCAAAGAAGAGGCGAGCCUGUACCACAAGAUCUACUAGACCGAGUGUUGGCUGCACAUUCCAUGUGGUCUAAGCCACAUGGGAAUCAUCAGACCGAACCCAUUCCGGUUAAGGUUUGAACCUUUGGGUUGGGGAUGGUGUGUACAAAGUUAAAAUAGGUUUAACUUGUUUAAAUUACUGUAAUAUCUCGUAUUUUUUUCGUUUGGCCUAAAAAGUCCUCUUAUGAUGCAAGCCGAGAGGACGAUAAGGGCCGUUUGGUAAAUUAAGUUGGUUCAUAGCAUUCUUUUGCACAUUAUGUUUGUAUGUAUUUUGUAAAAAAAUCUAAUGUAAUUGAUUCAUUUUUUUUUUGUUGCA